UUCCGUGGAUCUUGGAACAAGCUGCCGGUGUUACAAAGAGCGAGACUGACCGCUUCCAGUUUAUAACUCGUGUUUUUUUUUUCUUUAAUCAAAGUUUUCUUUUCAUUGUCUGGCUCACAAUAUUCACGGAAGAAACAGAACACUGACAGCUGUCUAGUCACCGGGGUCGCUGUAAAAUCUCUCAUCCUGUUUUGUAAUCAGGACCAUUUCUUAUUUCGUUUGCAACAACUCGGUCAACAGAAGGAGAAAUGGAACUGGAUCUCAGCCUGACGACUUCCAAGAAAGAAGAAUUAAAGAAGGAAUUAUCAGGACAAGUUUGAUACCAAAAACGAGACUAUUGCAGGGAACCAGUACGAAAACAAGUUUAUUUUAGAAAAAGUUCCAGUAUUGUGUUGAACGAUGUCCAACUGUUCUGUCGACCACACUAUCCACCAAAUCCUGUUUCCCACGGUCUACAUUGCUGUCUUCAUCAUCGGACUCCCGACUAAUCUCCUGUCCCUGUAUCACAGCUACCUGCAGAUCAGACAGAGGAACGAGCUGGGAAUCUAUCUCUGUAAUCUGACCAUCUCAGACCUGUUGUAUCUCAUUUCCUUGCCCUUCUGGGUUCAGUAUAUGCUGCAGCACGAUGAUUGGGUCCUCUCCCGGGCACUCUGCAUACUCAGUGGUUUGUUCCUCUACCAGAAUAUCUACAUCAGCAUUGGCUUCCUCUGCUUCAUCUCCAUUAAUCGCUUCCUCGCUGUGGCCUACCCUCUGAGAUUUGAAUUCUUACACACCAGGAAGGCUGCAGUGUUCAUCAGUGUUCUCAUCUGGAUCAAGGAGAUUCCUGUCUGCGGCUUUUACAUACACUCCCAGGUUCUCAGUAAAGACAAUGAGAAUGACACCUUGUGUUUUGAACAAUAUCCUAUGCAGUCGGAGGACAGAUAUUUAAAUAUUUACAAGCUCUCUAUUGGGUUCUUCCUCCCUUUGAUUUUAUUAAUCUACUCUUACUAUAAAGUGCUGGUGGUUGUCCAUAAAAGCCACGGACUUGAAAGGGAGCGGAAAUUAAGAAUAAAAAAAUUGGUCUCUGGGACAAUCAUCAUUUUCCUGGCUUGUUUUGUCCCUUAUCACAUUUUCCUGAUGAUUCGAACAAUAUUCGAGUAUGAAUGUAAAUUUGCUGACAAUGUUUUUGAGCUUUACCAUUUUGGGCUUCUGUUGACGAGUUUAAACUGUGUGGCUGAUCCCAUCUUGUACUGCUUUAUAUCUCCGAGUUCACACGGCUGGUUAACCAGAUUCCUGGAUCCCGUUACAAAUCUCAUUCCUUGCAGAAUGAGACAAGAAAGUGAGGCCUCAGAGAUGGCGUGCAAUUCACCAAUUACAGCUAAAAUAAGUCUUGUACCUCAGAGACUCGAGAAACAGGAAAAAAAAUGAUUACCAAAUAUCAACAAAGGUGUGACUCGUAAAUUAAACCUCUGGAAAAUCUCCUGGUUUGAUUUCGUGGUGGACUUGAAGAGCGCAGUGAGGUGAAACAAUUCACAGAGCAUUCCCUUCAUGUCAACUGUGGAGAUGGCCAAUCAAUCAGCAUGCGACAAAGAUGAUUGCACC